CGUCGUCUGAGUCGUUGUUGCGUUAACUUUGGCUGAUCGCGUAGCGUCUUCUUCUUCGCCGAAGAACGAACGUUUUACAAAAGAAAAGAAAAAGAAGAAAAAAAACAAAAGCAUUGCUCUUUUGCAGUUUGUGUUAUCGUUGAAAAUACCUUGUAUCGUAAACGUUGUGUGUGCGUGUUAUAACAUUUUUGCAUUUUGCAUUUGUUAUUAUUAUUCAGCUUUGGCUUUGCCUUUGGCUUUGGCAUUAACUUGGCCCAAUGCGCGUCGACGUUUUCGUUUCAUUUUCGCUUUGUGCUCCAAAUUGACGUCGCGUCGCUUUUGCAUCUUUCGUUCAGUUCAGUUCAAUUUAGUUGAGUUCAGUUCAUUUCGGUUCAAUUCGCAGUGAUUCGCUCGCUUACAAAUAAUUACUGAGCUGCACUCAAGUUGUUUUUGUGUGUUUCGGGUUUUUUUAUAAGAAAUGUGCAGCGCCAGAUAAAUUUCACCAUCAAGUGCUCGCAAAGUGUUCCACAAGAAAUAAGAAAAUUAAAAAAAGAGAAAGAAAGAGAGAGCGAUAAAAAACGGCACAAGUUCUGUUUGCCAUGUUAUUAACAUUGUGUUCAUAAUUCCUUUGUAUGUACAAAUACAAAUACAAAUACAAAUACAUCGAUAUAUCGUCAGCGACAUCGACAACAACAUCUAUGCAAAUAGAAAGCAACAAACACAGAGAAACACAUCAGGAGCCAGCGGAAUAAGUCAAGCAACUAAACGCAGCGGGCAGCCCUUGUAAAGGCUCAAAAGCUCUGGAUAGUUAGCACAAGUUAAACACCAUCACUUACAACACAUCUCGGAAACUGCAAAUAACUACAUCAAACCGAAACGCAGCUAGCCGAAAAUCUCGAGGGACGGCAGCAGCAGCAACAGUUGAUGAGCAGGCGGCAACAAAGGAGCUGAGCCGGAACAGGAACUUACCGUGCGAUGCUAUAGAAAACUACAUCAAAGCCUUUAAUUCAAAUUGGGGAUUAUGAGCGCAACAGCAACAAGCAACACAGAAGCAACAACAUCAGCAACUACUACUGAAAGCACACGCCGAUGUAUGAUAAAUCAAAAAAGACUUGGAGUCAGCGGCUCAAAAUUAGCAGCGACAACAGCAGCAGCAAUUCGGCUUCUUUAGCAACAGUCGGUGGCAUGCAGACUCUGCAGAUGCAACAGCUGCAGCAGGCAUUGCACCUGCAACAGCAACAGCAGCAGCAACAUCACCAACAGCAACUACAUCAUCAUCACCAGCAGCAGCAGCAACAUCAUGCACACCAUCUGCAACACUUGGCAUAUCAGUUGCCACCUCCACCUGCCGCUCCACCGCCUGGCUACGAAUUUCUGCCCAGCGCGUUGUCGCGCUCCAUGAAGUACGCCGAGCCAUGGAUCUAUGGCACUGUGCGUGGCAUACCCGCGCGUCCCUCCUAUGGCUAUGGCCAUCAUCCGCAUGCGGCGGCCAUCUUUGCCACAGAUGGCGGCGGCGAACCUGCCACGGCCACAGCGCUGGCAGUUGUGAUCUGUUCGUGUGCCGAGUAUCUGAACGGCACCAAACGUGACGUUAAGAAGGCGAGCGUGUGCAAGAAAUGCAAAGGCUCUCGCCUGCCACUCGCCACCAUCAGUGGCGGUGGCACCGUGCGGCUGCCUGCGGCUGCGGCACAAGCGCGACGCCCCACGAUGGCGGCCACGAUGCGUGUGGUGAGCACAUCGAAGAAGUCACGUCCCACGAUACUGGAUCCCCAGAAGGAUCCCUAUGACCUGAUGCGACGCACGCGUCUGUUGUCGCCAGAGCCAAGCGUUGAGUCAUCAUCGGCCAGCUGCUCCAAGGACGGCAAGUCACGUAGUCGCGAGAACGCAACUGCCACAGCGGCCACAGCUGCUGCUGCUGCUGCCACAAGCAUGCAACGUGGACGCACAAGAACACGCGCAGCAUUGCCAAGCAGCACGCGAGUGAGUUGCAAGACGACGCCCACGUCGCCGGUGGCGCCUCCAGAUCCCGCUGACUGUUGGUUAAUGGAGGAUAACGAGUCGUUGCUGCAGAGCAGCGGACUGGUUGCCUCCAGCAAGAGCAGCAAUAGCAGCGGAAGCAGCAAUCGCCGUUCCAUACUGCGCUGCAACGUGAAUCCCUACGAUCUGAUCUCAGUCGAAAGCGGCAAGAAGAAAAGUUUGCCACACCACGAUGACUUCGAUGUGGCCGACGCACAGCUCCACGAAGACGAGCAGGAGCAACGAUCACAACAGAAACAACCGUUGCAACCACGCAAUAGAAAAUUCCACACCAACAAUGUGACGGCAAUCGCUGGACAACGCAUUAGUCUGGGCGACAAGCAAAACGAUUCGCCGGAUUCUAGCGACAGCUACGAACGCAUAAUCAUUGCCAGCGUGGCCAGUGACAAGAAGAAGCCAACGCCGCCGCAAUCGCCUGCUCCAGCAGUAGUAACAGCAACUGCAAUCAGCAAUCCCAAGCGUCCGCCACGCUAUAAGAAAGUGGAAGAGCCGCUGAGCUUGGAAACGCCAACAGCAACCACAGUGGUUGCAGCUGCAGUUGUGGCUGCAGCAACCGAACAGCCGAUUGCAAUGCCAACGACGAUGCAUCGUAUACUGUGCUCACUGUAUCGCCCACGCCGCCUGGCAUCAAGUCCAUACUGA